AUUUUCUUCUUUCUUCGUUGCUAAACACACAAAAACUCCUCUUCACUCUCUCUCUCUCUCUCCCUUACAUCUUUCUCCGAGUCCCGACAAUGGCUUCAGCUUCAGCGACGACAGCUACUCUUCUCAAACCCAAUCCUCCUCCUCCGUCGCAUAAACCGACCAUCAUCACCGCCUCCGUAUCUCCUCCUCCACUUCGCCACACCUUCCUUCGCCGCGAUUUCCUCUCAUUAACCGCCGCAUCAACUCUAAUCCUAACGCAGACAAUUAUUCCGUUCGUAGCUCCGUCGCCGGCUUCUGCAGCGGAAGACGAAGAGUACGUGAAAGAUACGUCGGCGGUGAUCUCGAAAGUCCGGACGACGCUGUCGAUGGAGAGGACGGAUCCGAACGUGGCGGAUACGGUGGCGGAGCUGAGAGAGGCGUCGAACUCGUGGGUGGCAAAGUACAGGAAAGAGAAGGCGCUGCUGGGGAAAGCGUCGUUCAGGGAUAUGUACGCGGCGUUGAAUGCGGUGUCGGGACAUUACGUGAGCUUUGGACCGACGGCUCCGAUACCGGCGAAGAGGAAGGCGAGGAUUCUCGAAGAGAUGGAGACUGCUGAGAAAGCUCUCUCUAGAGGAAGAUAAAAUUUACAGAACAGUUUCUUCUUUCUACUUCUCCAUUUCUCGUUGAUAGAAUUUAAAUUUUCCAAAAAUGCCUAUCGAGUUAUGUACUUAAUUAUCAUUUCAUAAUAAAGGAUUCCAUUUUCUAAUUAAAAAAAAAA